UGAGAGUGUGAGCGACGAUUCCUCAGAAGAGGACUCAUCUUUUUCCACACCUCCAGAGGAUUUUGAGCCGUCCACUAUUCCAAGACUCCUGAACACAGCAAAGAUUUUAGAAAAGCUUUUAGAUGUACCAGAAGAUUUGACCAAACCUUUGUUGCGUGAUGGCCUGCAAACUUUUGAACCCCAGACCUCGAACAAAACCUUGACCUCAGUGACCGGAAAUAAACGCGCGGCUGGUCAGCGCUACAUCCCGCGGGGGAUUCGACGGUCAAAAAGUGACGUCAGUAGUGGAUACAAAUCUCCAAGGCGAUUUUUCAGGAACUCAUCCAACGACGGAACUCCAAAAAGUGUACAUAAAGGCUCACUGGACCCCAUGUCCAGCGCGGCCAAAUAUAACCCGAGACUUGAAGAAGACCACAGCUCUAGCACAUCAACACUGACAAGCAGCGAUCUCUUCAACGUCUCCAACGAGAUCACCAACACGGAGAGAUGCGAUCUGACGAAUUCUCCAAACUAUAAAUAUAAGCGAACAUUUUCACCAGCCAGAGCCUCAACAGCUACCACAUCACCUCCUGCAACAGCUGCUACAGCAGCUACUACAUCAACUUCACCAUCCGCAGAUCCAGUGGAAGCAAAAGAAGAACUAACUGUACAGUCUGUAAUCUUACCAUCAGCAGCUUCAAGCCUAGCUCUCCAUAAAACGUCCGAAUCCCUGACUUCAUCACCCAUCAACAAACAUAUUCCAGUCCACUUUUCCCUCAGUGCCAACUCCUCUCCGCUUGUACCUAAAAAGGGAAUUUUAAAGUUGAGCGCAGCACAGCAUGAACAUAAACCAGGUUUAAGUUCUCCAAAUGUUUCCAAACACUUACCUGUUCAAACCCAAUUCAACAAAACUAAAUAUAUACCUACUGAUCUGGAGAUAGGCGCAUCUUCAGCCUAUCCUGAUAUUGAAAUUAAACUUUACAAAAUAGACCCAAAACAAGUCCCUAUAGCACCGACUACCGUCGAAAAUAAAAAAGAUAUUCCCCACUCUGAAACCGACGCAACAGCUAAACUCGCUGGUGAUUUACCUCAGAAAGAAAGCCAGACGUCCCCAAGACUUUCUAGCACAACUGUUCCCGUGACGCUGGUUGAGGAGACAAAACAAACCCCCCAACAUGUAGCCGUGCACAGGGCGCUCCCAACUUUCCCAGUUUUCCACGGUCUGGAGGUGGGGGAGCACCGCCAACCCUCGAGCCCCGCCUAUACCCUAGCGGAGUAUCUACAAGAACAGUCGCUCGCUAAAUAUAACAAGCACGCUCCUGCUAGUCCUAAGGUUCCCACAAAAACAGAUAGGAAAAAAAGCAAAGAAAACAAAAGCUGGAAACAUUUUUCUAGAAAGAAGUCGAGCAAAGAAGUCUCCAAAACAUGCAACGAGACAUCCGAAUCAAAACGCCAAACGGAAAUUCUUGUAGAAAAACCGUGCAAGGAGGCGCCGGCGGUGAAGCGUAUCCAUGAAAAUACAUGUCGUAUAAUGAUCGAUAAAGAUUCGCAGACUUCUAGUUGGCUUAUUAAUUCAUUGGUUUGUAAAAAGACUCCGAAACUCAAGAAAAAAGCUCAAAGUUUUAGGAAGAAAAAGCGAAGAGGUAGUGUUUCGAGCGACACGUUUGUAGCCAUUGAAUCUCUUGGUGUUAAAGAGGCGUGCAAAAGUUCCUCGUUGGGAGAUCUCAGGAAAGUGGCCGACAGUGCCGCCGGAGGACUAGCCUCCAACUCCCCACGUCUUAGAAAAAGUAAUUCCUUAAAAGUGCCGACUCCAAAAACUAGAGGCAUCCUCCGGCCAGAACCUGUGAUGGCCGGUACCAGCGAACUGGGCAAGAGUGAUGACGUCGUUGAAGGAUCUCCCAAACCCAAAAAACUUUCUCUGACUGCUGUGAUACUGCUAAAAAAUCGCUUGGCGAGAUUCAGGGAGAAGAGGAGAAAGGAACAAGCGUCAGCGCCAAAAGCUGAUGAAGGUCUUGUAGAAAGCGAAGUUCCAAGCGAUACUUUUAUUACUAUUGAGAACGAACUCAACCUCAGCAAGUUGGAUGCCAGCAAGGAAACAGACAUCAUCGACGAUAUUUUUCAACCGGAAUUUUCCCUGGAUUACAACAAGAAGCAGCUGAGAUUUGAAAACCUCCCCAACGAACCGAUGCAAAGUGCCGAGCCGCUUCCUCCCCUGCCCCCCUCGGCCAGCAGACGACUGCGGCAGAGACGUGAAAGUACCAUGAGAGAACGGAGAAGGAAAUGUGUCCAGUACUGCAAGAAGUUCAUCGCCUUUUUGUUCUCCCACAUCGGUCUCUGUUCUCUGGUCGUGGCCUACACCAUCAUGGGAGGUUUUAUCUUUCAGGCUCUGGAGCAAACUGCUGAAAUCACGGUUAGACGGGAGGUUUCUGACGAACGUAAUAAACUCGAAGAGAAGCUGCUGGCGUUUGCUGUCCACUUUAAGGAAAUGAACGGCACCGAGGAAGCUUUGAACAAUCUAACCCAUGAGGUCAAACACAUCAUAGGCAUUUAUCAGAGGUAUAUUCACAACGUCACAAAAAACAAAGGCUGGGAUGGGGACGAACAUUCACAAGAUGAGACCCUCUGGACGUUCGCAAGUUCUCUGCUCUUCGCCAUCACAGUCACCACAACCAUUGGGUACGGUCACGUGGCUCCCAAGACGACCCAGGGCAGGAUCGCCACCAUCGGGUAUGCCGUUGUGGGGAUUCCCCUGACACUCUUGUGUCUGACAAACAUUGGUGACGUCAUGGCCACUGGCUUCCGUCUGCUGUACGGUAAAGUCUGCUGUGGCGUGUGCUGCACCUUGUUUAAACCGCGGCGCCGCAGGCUCCACACGGACCUGGAGAAGGGCCUGGGCCCGUCUGUCGUCACGAGCAACAGCGAGCAGCCGGACAAGCCCAAGGAGGUGACGCACGUGCCCACCUCGCUGUGUCUGCUGCUCAUAGCGGCCUACAUCUUCGCCGGGGCCAUGCUCUUCUCCAUGUGGGAGGAAUGGGACGUGCUGACGGGCUCCUACUUCUGCUUCGUCACCCUCAGCACCAUCGGCUUCGGCGACAUCGUGCCCGGCAUGGACACGAACGCCUGGGCCCACCAGAAGCUGGUGCUGUGUGCCCUGUACCUGGUGCUCGGCCUGUCUCUCAUCGCCAUGUGCUUCAACCUGGUACAGGAGGACGUCAAGGCCAAGUGUAGGUGGCUGGGCAUGAAGUUAGGUAUCGUGGAGAAACCAGAGGCGCCCAUAUAGAUAGAGACCUACACGUUAGCAUGAGAACAACACGAGACAACUUUAUGACAGCCUGGGACUGAGACACUCGAGACUACGGAAAUCAAGGACUUCAUUUAUGGGAUCAAUAAAUUGCGGUUUCCAUUUUUCAGAUCAACGACACUCGCUUGUAUUGAUUUUUUCGAGUUGUCAAACUAUAUGGCUGUGCUGAAUUAAUUCGCUAAUUCGUCAUUAGUUCAUCAAUUCGCAGUGUACAUUCGUGCACAC